AUGACACGUGCCGAAUGUGUCGCUGUCUGGAAAGCUGCUCGGGACGGUGACGAUGCUAAACUUCGAGAACUACUUGUAGAUACACGGGACGCUUUAGGCCCUAAUCUUGUCAAUUGGAAACAUCAUAAUCAUGGGACCACGGCACUAAUGGUUGCUGCCGAGAGCAAGCGUGGGGCGGAGGUCGUGUGGCAGCUCGUUUCUGCUGGUGCUGACGUCAAUGCCGAAGAUGAUACAAAACUAAAAAACACAGCACUCCAUUAUGCGGCUAUGACCAAAUGCGAUUCUGGGGUGGUUGAUGCACUGCUGGCCUCAGGUGCAGACGCGUUCGCUAUAAACCGUAAGGGGUUGUCACCGAUUGAUUUGGCGCGGCUGUACCGUCGGGAAGCUGUUGUUGCGUCCUUAACAGAUCACAUGAAAAUUCACAGCGGCUGGUUGUACUUGCGGGGCAAAGUGCAUUGGAAGAAGCGCUGGGGUGUUGUGAUGGCCUGUAAUAAACAGCGUACAUCAAGAGAGUUAUGUCUUUUCCAGAAUCCUAAAGAUAUUCGUCCGGAAGCCGUGCUUCUCGUCGACGAAGCUUCCCGCGCGUCACCAUUUGUUUCCAGCGAUAAUUAUUUUUGGCUCAAGCGUGAGUAUGCAUUUGUUUUCGACAAACCAGUUAUGUGGCAGAACGUUAGGCGACAGAAGCUCACGCGUUCACCCAUUUGCCGUAAAACCAUGAGUCUUGAAGACGUUCAAAUUCGGCACCUCGUCUUCGCCGCCGACAAUCACUAUAACGUAAAGUGCUGGCAAAGAGUUUUAGAGAGCACCAAUUUUUACGACCACGAGACCGGAGCUUCUUUGUAUGGUUUGCAACCGUAUGAUGCAGCUCAUGGCGAGCUCUACUACUGGCCGCACGAGCUAGUCCAAAAUGUGCGUUCGUCAAUGAAGCGUCAAUCUGAAGCGCGCAAUUUCGGUAACACAACGUUUUACGAGCGGCUUCGUCAUUCACUUGACCAAGCACAACCUCAAUCCGAGACUGAAGAACUUCUCGCAGACAUUUUAAGAGGUCUAGAGGAGUCCAGCAAUGCCGAAAGCAGUAGAUCACGAGUGCGAUUUCAAAAGACAGUCGAAGUUUAUCAGCCAGAUCAGUCCCCUUCGCCAAGUGAUCAAGAAUAUAGUUAUGUCAGUGAAAGCAGUAUUGAAGCAAGCCAUACGUCAUCGUCAAUGCUAUCGCAGCAAAACGAGGAGAUUCCAGAUUUGUGUACAAUGUGCUACACACGGCGAAGGGAUGCCGUCUGCGCUCCUUGUGGGCAUCGGGCUGGUUGUCAUGCCUGCCUGAAGACUGUGAUGAGAACCACGCAUUCCUGUCCCUACUGCCGAACCCGUGUACGUUCCAUAAUGAGAGUCUACGACUAG